AUGAGUGAAAAGAAGGAUUUAUUGGCAUUUUCAUCAAAUUCUUUUGAUGAUCCUCCACCUUAUGAAUCUAUUACUGUUUUGUCCGCUCCUUUACACCAGCAAUUACAUGGAAAACGAAUAAUUUUAGCCUCUACAUCUCCUAGAAGAAAGCGGUUAUUGCAGCAAAUGGGUUUUACAACAUUUGAAAUACAGGCGCCAAAUAUAUCAGAGACAAUUGAUCCAUCAUUAGAUUUAAUGCCAUGGGAAUAUUGUGUUGAAAUGGCAAGUUCAAAGGCAUUGUGUGUUUAUAAGUUGUUGGUGGAUACGUCACCACCUCCAGCACUUAUAUUAGCAGCUGAUACAGUGGUAUUGUCUGGUAAUACUAUGCUAAAAAAGCCUCGAUCUCAAAGUGAGCAAUUAGCGAUUUUGAAAAGACUUCGUGAUAGUAAAUAUCCACAUAAAGUAUUUACAGGUAUUGCUGUUAUUGUUCCAUUGAAAGUUCCGAUUCAACCUGGAUACAAUUUAAGAACACAUGUUGAAGAAUCAGAAGUAACAUUUGAUACAACUAUAUCCGAUGAUUUUUUAGAAGCGUAUGUAUCAUGCGGGGAAGGUGCUGAUAAAGCAGGUGGUUAUGGUAUUCAAGGAUAUGGCGCUUUAUUAGUUGAAUCAAUAAAAGGUGAUUAUACAAAUAUUAUUGUAAAUUUUUAAAAAUUUAUACUUUUCUUAUCUUUAAGCAGUAUUAGGGUCUUCCACUUCGUUCUACUUAUAAAUUAAUGGAAAAAACAUUGAAUGAAGAUGCAUAUGAUGAUCUUUUGAUUCAUGAUCUUUAAUCCAGAGAUUAGAAGGGUCAUUAGCAAAAAUAUAAUACAACU